AUCGAUUCAAAACUCAAUGAACUGCUGUGUCAAAAUGUUCAGUCCUUCUCAGCUGUACUAGACAGGAGCGCUGCUUUGUACAGCUCUGCUAUAAAACGCUCAGCCCUCAGUGUCUGCGCACUAAGUGUGAUAUGAAUCUGCAAACAGAAGGGUAACACCGCACUGAGGAAUUGUAGCACAGAGAGCAUCUUCAUUUGGAAAUAUGCAAAGCGCUCAAAAGCAAAACUCCCCACAGCCAAAUCCAAGCAGAUCAGAUCUGAUCAACAGGAGGAAGAAGAAAGCAACAUGGCUUGUUGUCAGCUUGUUGCUUUUGUCCUUUCUGAUUAUUACGCUUGGAAUUUUCGCUACGACACGAACAGAAAGUGUUAGUGUAACUGGAUAUGGAUCUGGGAUUAUUUUUGCUUUCGGAUCAUUUUUGGGAAUUCUUGGACUGUUUCUUGAAGAAAACCGCAAGCAGCUGUUGAUAGCAGCCAUCGUGUUUCUUAGUCUUGGGAUAAUUGCCUCGUUCUUCUGCCUGGUAGUGGAUGGAGUUUUCAUCGUGCUGAACAUUGACCUGAGACCUCUGCGCGCAGGAAGGUGUCAGUAUUACACAAGCGGACACAGCUACUUAUACGAGAAUUACUUUGCUUCUGUACCUUGUCAAGGGUUGACAGAAUCAUGCAGCCUCAAAGUGCGGAGCGGCACAUGUUAUUGCUGUGACCUGUAUGACUGUGCCAAUGGGGGAUACUUGAAUAAUCACUAUGAAUACGUGGGUGUGAGAAGCUGCCAGGAAGUCCUAUCCCUGUAUGUGAUGAUCUGGCUGUUGACAGCCCUGAACCUCUCAGCUUUCUUCCUGGGGAUUCUCGCUACAGCUGUGCUUGGCAGUAUUAAAGAUGUGGGGUCUGCUGUAAGUCCUGAGUUAAACACUCAGCUUCUAGCUCCAACGAAUUACAGACACAGUUACAUUCAGCACAAGGAGCUCAAUGGUGCAUUGUCACCGACUGCCCCUCUUCUGCAACAGGACCCAGGAGCCAGUUCAUUGUAUCUGAACCCAUCAGUCCAUUUCACACCGCCAGCCCUCUCAGAGCUGACACCUGCCAGUCAUCCAGAUACCCGGAACCCCCCUCCGUUUGCACCCCUUUAUAAUCUUCUGCCUCACAAAACAGCAGCAGGAUAUUCAGUGUGAGGUCGUCAUUACCGCAAACAGCUUUUUUAAUAAUGAUUUUGUAAGUCAGAAUGUUAAAUUGCUUUUUUCACAUAAAUCAGAAAAGUGCAUUAUGUAUCAUGCAAGCAGUAAGAUUAAUACAUAGGAUUACCUGUAUGUGAUUUUUUUUUCUAGUUUAGUAGUGAAAGUUAUAUAAUUUGUAGGGGACUUGGUGUUCCAGUGGACUCAUCCAUUCGCAGUGCUGUGCAAAACCAAAAUACUUCCCAUUUAAUACAAAUUGUAUUCAAGACCACUCAUACCUGCUAGGAGAUUUGAACAUGUUCUAUAGAAACUGUUUCAAAAUAUACUCUUGCCAAUGACGAUAGGACUGCUGUUGAGACCUGCUGUUCUAAAUUUCUAUGUAGCAUCAUGAUAUGGCUCAUUCUAUUAAGCACUUGCUUGUUAUAAAACAUGUAUUUAGAUGCAUGUAUUCAGUUGUGAAUCACAGCACCUAAGAAAGGAUAAAGCAAUGUGUGUAAAAAAAAAAAGUUUGUAAAUAUCUAAGUAGAUUUUAAAAUGUGCUUUUGUGUGCUGUAUUCAUAAAUGCCAGCAUGUUUUAGAAUUGUGCUCUAUUUUUUGCAAAAAUGACAUCAUUUUAAUAUUUUAUGUAAUCAAAGAAACUACAAAUUGGGUUAUGUUGCAGAAGAGGGGCAGUCGGUGACGAUACACCAUUGAGCUCCUUGUGCUGAAUGUAACUGUGUCUGUAGUUAGUUGGAGCUAGAAGCUCAGUUUUUAACUCAGGACUUACAGCAGACCCUUUCUAUCAAGGAAAAAGAAAAAAAGUAUUGCAGAUCAUGCCAAAUAUUUUUGUAUUUCAAAAUAAAUACAUAUGGCCAAAAGUUUUGCGUCACCUAGAAUAUUAGGAUUGAGACCAAAAAAAAACAAAAAAAAAACUAUAUGAACAUAAUUUAGAUAUUUUAUUUAACAUCAUGUAAUCAAAGAAACUACUAAAUGAUAUCGCAAAAGUCUACCGAAAUCCAGAAUAAGAGUACAGUAUCACAUUUCAAAAUGUCACAUAUUUUAAUUCAAUCAGUUUUUUGUUAAGUAUAUGGAAAACUACAAAGCUGUAUGUAAUUCAACAUGUUAAUGUAACAUUAUUAAGCAGAUUUAAUUCGACUUUAUGAAGCAAAAAUAGUUAAUUCUAUGAUGACCAACUUUUGGCACAGCUGCAGUCUCCAAAGUACUAAAACUUAAAUAGCCAUGGUUGGCAGAUGAUUUUCAUUUCAACUGAUGUUGCUGCCAAAUCCCACAGUUAACUUCCUGUUAGUAUUAGAUAUACUAACUAUGUCUUACACUCUUACAAUACCCUUGCUGGUUGCUUUCACAAGGCUAAAUCCCAAGCUAGUGUGGCGUCUGCCAUGGGUAGAGCAGGGGGAAUUUAAAGUUGAAUAACCUUAUUUCAAAUGUAGUCAAAUACACCUGAAAAACUACGCCACCCCUUGUUUAUAUAGAGGUUGGAGCACCACAGGACUCUAAUUUAGAAUUAAAGAGAAGUGUCAGGUUAGUUUAACAGGUGAGGUUGAAAUUCAAAAAGAAACACCAAGUAUUCAGGGUCUGUAGAGAAGUUAAAAACUAUACAAAGAUAACCACGCCAUGGAGAGCAUGGAAAAGGACACAUAGGAAAUGUGAUAACUACACAAAGAAAUUUGAAACUAAAAGGGAAACGAAUAUGAAACAACAAAAAACACCAAGUGGAAAAUAAAUAAAUGCACAAAAUAAAAUGUGCAAACAAAUAUCAAAUCCCCAAAUCAAAUCAAACGACGUGACUAAUUCUUGCGUCUACACACGCUGUGGUGGGGUUGCACUUUGUUAUUAAAUUACAGUGCAAAAGGCACAUUCAAUAAUUAAUAACGCUAACCAAAACACAAGGUGUAUAAAAUAAUAAAAGGAAAGAGAAAUGAUAUUCCAGAAAUAAAUUGAUUGAAAUAAAGAGGAAGGUCAGUAAUCAUAAAUAAAUAAUAACCAAAUAAAUAGUCAAUAAAAAGAGGAUUGGUAAGCAUAAAGAAGCAAAUAGACAGUAACUAAACAACAGUAAACAGUAAAUCGGUAAUAAACAGUAUUCGGCCCUCACGUUCUUGGGCAGACUGCUGUGUUCAUAAACCAUACAGCACCCCACAGAUUGCCCUACAAGCUGUUAAUAUGCGUACAAGUUGAAGAAGUCUCACACAGUUCACCCUAUAUUGGUUUGCAGUUUGUAUUUGAAAAUGACCCUGGAAGACAAGACGACAGGCCCAGCAUUCUCCAUGUCUAACCUGGCUAGCGUUUCCAUUUUUAUGGAGCUUCUUUAAUGAUAAUUGGGUAUAACUGCAGGCCGGCAGUGUCUCUGUGGGAGGCCUUGCGUGCGCAGCUUCCAAAACGUCACCACUACCUACGCUAUAAUAAGCAACAAUGUAGCAAACUAAAGCAACAACGAAGCAAAGUGUUACUUUCAAUUCCAUCUGGUCUUUAAUCUCUUUUAUGUUCUACAUAUUACAGCACAUACUGAAUUCUGAUCAAAUUUGCAGCAUUUCUGAAGGAAGAGUUUGUAUGUACAAUAAAUACAAAAUGCCUUUUUGUAAUUCAGAUUUAUUAGAUACUAGCUGAAGUACCCAGCAUUGCCCGGGGAAAUUCAAUAUUUCAAUAUUUCAUGCAUGACAAAUUGGGGAACGGUAGCCUUAUGGUUUGCUUUAAGUUACCGAUCUUGGGUGUCGCACAAUGCGCUCGGACCCCUUUCCCUUUUUUAACUUAAUUUUUUGGGGGGUUUUGCCAUUUUUACAUUUAUUUUUUUUUACUUUUUUUGGUUUCUUUAAUUUGAGAUAUAUGGCUACUGUAGUGAUCCAGCAAUGGUGUUACUAAAUAAAGUACCCCGGGGGUCAAAAUUUUGGAUCUAAACAUAGCCCUCGACCUUCCCCUGGAUGAAAGAGGAGGCCAUGCAAAGUUUGGUUGCACUGGCUCCUGCGGGGUCCGAAUGCAUAAAGGAACAGACAGACAAACUUUUUUCUUUAUAUAUUAAGAUUUAAAAAAGUUGAAUACAUUCCAAUAUAUUUAUAAUAAAGAAGUUAUAUUUUAUAUAUUUUUGAAUCUGUUAGAAAUGUGCACAAACAAAAAUGGUUUUCAUUUUUAAAUGGCUUUCCUGAAGAUCUUUGUGCCAAUAUCAUAACCAGUGGACAUUUCUAUUUUUGUAUAGGACUAUAAUGCAUGUUUCUGUUUCUGUUGGUUAUGUUAUUAUACAAAUAUAAUAUAACCCUAUAUAUCCAUAGCUUAAUUAAAUGCUUGAUAACACAAUUUAAAUCUAAAUACACUUUAGUAAUGCUUUAUAAGUUAACACUGUGCAGUAUUCCUGACACCUUCAGUGAGGCUACAUAACGGUGUAGCAUUACUGUGUAUUAUAGCCAUAAUGUAGUGUUCUUUUCAAAUAAAUCAUUACCAAAAGUGUUGUCUGUCAUGCUAAAAAAUGUGUUUUACGAAAAAUAAUAAUAAAAAAAAACAUUUGUUUUAGCAUUCACUUAAAGUAAAGCCAAACAUCUCAUCACAGUAUAAUUUUAAGCUUCAAUAGUUCUUCCAAUACCUUUUGAGGUAGGAGUUACUAUAGAUGGUAAACUACUCAAAGUUGAAAUAUUCUGUAUAGUAGUGCAUCUUAACUUUCUUCAUGCAAAGUACAUUUUUAAGCAGUAAUUUAGUUACUUGUGUGGUCUGGGUAAAUUAGUAGUGUCAGUAUGAAGUAGCAACUAUAGCUGCAGUGUGUACAUGAUCAUAUUAAAGUGAGCAAUUUCAAAAAA